AUGCCCAGCGCCGUGGACUCUGUCGGGCUUACCCCUGAGCAGCUCGAGUCCUUCAACGAGAAUGGCUUCCUCGUGGUCCCCAACUACCUCUCGGCGGAGGAAGUGCAGUCACUGCUCACGACCACGCACGUCCUGCUAGAGAACUUUUCUCUCGAGAGCCACCCAAUGACCCGGUUCACUACUGGAGACGACGACGAAAAAACCAAGCACGUGGGUGACGACUACUUCCUCUCAUCCGGGAACAAAGUGCAUUUCUUCUUCGAGCCGGAGGCCGUCGCAGCCCCAGAAGAUGAUCCAAAGGCACCACCACGACUGCUGAAGCCCAAACAUCUAGCCAUAAACAAGAUUGGGCACGCCCUACACAGCAAAUCCGCACCCUUUGAGAAGAUCACACUGUCGAAACGGAACGCCGCUAUUGCCGGCUCGCUUGGCUUCCAGGACCCGCGCUGUCUGCAGAGCAUGGUCAUUUGCAAGCAGCCGAGUAUUGGCGGUCCCGUCCCGGCCCAUCGUGACUCGGAGUUUUUGUACACAUCGCCGCCCUCGGCGGUUGGCUGGUGGGUUGCCCUGCAAGAUGCGACGCCGGGCAACGCCUCGCUCGGGAUGUGGAAGGGCACGCACAGGGGCAAGAAGGGCGGGCAUAUCCGACGACGCUUUGUGCGUUGUGAAGAAGGUGGCGGAACGACAUUUAUCACCAAUGAGGGACCUGCAUUGCCUCUUGGAAAAGACGAAGAUGAGACGGAAGAUGGGCAGGCGGACGAGGACUUUGAGAUUCUCAAUGUCAAGGCGGGUGAUCUGGUGCUGAUUCAUGGCAAUGUGUUGCACAAGAGCGAGAAGAAUACGAGCGAUAAGAGCCGCUUUGCUUAUACUUUUCACGUUAUUGAAGGGGCCGAGGGGUGGACGUAUGACGAGCGGAAUUGGCUACAGCCGCCGGAAGAGGGUUUCUCGCGGUUGAAUGCUGUAUAA